AUGAGGGUCCAACUCCGCGGCCUGAGCGGCGACCCGGCCCUCAACGGCCAGUGCGGGAAAGUAGGAGGGUUUGAGGGCGAGCGCGUCUUCGUGCGGCUCGACAACAGCAAUCGCGUCGUGAAGGUCAAGACGAUAAACGUGAGGAAGGAGGGCGGCAACGCGGCCUGGACGCGAGGCGAGGCGGAAGGCGGCCUCGGCGGCCUCUUCGGCGGCGUGAUGGACGCGAUUGGAGGGCGCCUCGCGUCAGGGGAAGACUCGAAUCAAAUUACGGAAUUGCGCGAACGAGCUGAGCGCGCCGAGCGGCGCGCGGACCGCCUCGAGGUCGACGCCGGCGCGCGGGGCGAGGCGCUCGCCGAAGCUCGCGCGGAGUUGCGCCAGCGGUCCGCGACGGGCCGACCGCUCGUCGAGCAAUUGCGCGAGCUUGAUGUAGCGCCGGCGCGGUGCGACUCGGCCAAACUCGCCGAGCUGAGCGACGCCCUCGCCGCGGCGACGGCGAAGGUACGCGACUCGGCGUCCGUCCAGACAACGCGUCGAUGGAGUCGAAGCGGCGCUGAGCGCCACCGGGCCGCACGACGCAGGUUUCCGAGGAAAAAGCGCGCCGAGCCGUCCAGAACGAAGGCGAGCAGAAGUGUGUGGUGUGCUUAGAGAGCAAUAGGGACGUCGUCUUCAUGCCCUGCUUCCACGUCGUGUCCGGGCCCGCGUGGAAACCAACCACCGGUGCCCAACGCCAUCGAACAGACUCACUCCGCGCAGGUCCUGCUGGAACUGCGGCCUCCGCGUGAGCGAGUGCCCCGUCUGCCGCGUCGCGAUCCAGCAGAAGCGCCGCGUCUACUCCUAA